AUGUGGUGGUGGCGAAGCGUUUCGGUGUCGGAAAGGUCGCUACAGCGCAGACAUGCCGUGCGCUUGCUGAAGCUAUUUAUCCGGAAACGCGAGGCGGUCGCGAUGGGGUGGGAGCGAUUGCAUCCUGGACUUGCGUUGGAGUCGAAAGGUGGGAGGGAGGGUUUCGACGUUCAAUUGACGAAUCAGGUCAGGGAGGUUGGAUUCGAUGGUACCGUUCUCACUGGUUUAAUUCUGGACACUUUCCAGAAAUGCAAAAAUCAACGUUUUUACCAAUCAGACCAAGAUUUUUUUUGCCAUUCCUGA